AUGCUUAAAUCUGAGCCAAAGAAUCUUGUUCGAGAUUUUGGUAAUUUGAUAGACACAGUAUUUGGACAUUCAAAAGAUAAUUUCGAAAAAGAGAGUAAAAACUUUGUGAGAGAAUUCGAGACUCUACGAAAUAAUCGAGAACGCGAAAACUUGGAACGGUGUAUUAUCUUGACGCAGGAUGCGCCUGAUAAGUUUGCUAGUGGUGUUUCUUCGUUGAGUAGGAAUGUUGACGGGGUAUUGGAUAAAUUAAAAAAUUCAAACCCUAAAUUCGAACUACUCAAACAAGAGCUGGACGAACUGAAAAAGCGAAAAAGUUCUAUAAUCGAUCCAUUCGCCACCGAAAGACACGAUUAUGCGAAAGAAAUCGAACAAUCCAAAAUUGAUUAUGAUAAAGUGAUCGAACAUAAAGAACAGGAAUUAAUUAAAGAGUACCGUGUGUUGAUGGAGGCUGCUGUGAAAGAUGCUGCGAGGAAAGUUGGUAAUAGUGCUGGUAUCAGUAGUAGUAGCAGCAGCAGCGCUUCUCUUGGUGUUAUUUGA